CUUCCUGUUCCUCAUUGGUACAGGAACUAUUUUUWUUKUUUUUCUUAUGGCUAGUACUUCCAURAAAGGGACAUCUGUUUUCCGAAAUUUUGUGACAUCUCGAGCAAGAGGGACUGUGAGAAUGCAGCAAGCUACUUUGGAAGACCAGACGAAAACCUUGGAUCCAGAAAAUGCCAACAAGAUCAUUACCCCGACAUUUGUUCGUUCGUCAGAACCGAAAGUAAAGGCUACAAAGUAAAAUGUGAUGCAUCCAUAUGUAAGGGAAAGGAAGUCAGCAUAGCAGCCAUUGAUGAAAAUAUCGGAAUUAUUAUAAAAUGGCAACGGAUUACACCCUUCGASGCAUCCAAAGUUAACGAAUUCGUGCAAAGAAAAAUGAGUCAAAGUCAUACUUUCUCGUUCAUCAAAUGCGGCCCAAUAUUACAAGCGCUUAUUUUCCCGCCAAAAAUUAAAAGAAACAAAACUGUCGACGAACAAAAGAAAAUGAACGUCAAUAUAAUUGUCUUGGAUUGUGUAUCUCGUCCUCAUUUUUUUCGGGUGAUGAGAGAAUCAGUGAAGGCGAUGCGUAAGGUAAUCUACGAUCAGUCUAUAAAUGYUACUGUGYUGGACUACGAAUUGUUCCAGAGUCUCAGCAUGCAUACAUUUGACAACAUUCGACCUCUGUUUUCUGGAAUUGUACAAGGAUUCUUUCUGACCACGGUCACACACGAACACCUUACGGACAAACUGAGGAAGGCAAACGUGAACUUUAUCAUCCCCUUCUCUUCAUGAUAGUACCGCACUACGUCGCAGGUUUACUGGGAAAACAACGAAUGGAAGCAUUGGUCGCAAACCAAAAACGCAUCUUAACAACCCUUGACAUAAACAAAGCUUUAAUGUCUUUACACGACGAGAAAACAAAGUUUUCAACUGAYCAUAAWGUCAAUGGUAUUUUCUCGAAAAUCCCAGCCAAUCGAGCAUGUGGGGACCUGCCAUUAAUGCCUCUUGCUCGGUGCCAGUGUGAAGGAUCCGAUUCGAAAGUGCUGGAUAACUCGAAUACUCACCGAUGGAUGGCGGAGUUUGCAUUAGGAACUCUUAAUAAUAUUAUCCAAGAACAGUAUUUUAAAGGAAUUAACACCUCGACGCCUAACCCAGUUAAGGGUUUUGGCAACUGCGUCCGCUAUGUCGGCACAUCUUUCCGCAAUAUCAUACAAAGUACAAGUGGUACCAUGACAACCAUGGACCUCCAUAUUGAUGCUAAAGAAGUAGGUUUAAAAGAAGACGAAAUUACCAGGGCUGCUGUGGAAUUCAACGGUAAAACCCUUAGUCUAAAGUCCUAUGAAAGGCAGACGUUGUACAACAAAUUCAAAAAUUGCGAUGAUAAGAGCGUCGACUUGAAAYUCUGCAUCUGCGAUAAAAAUAAAGCUCCGAGUGAAAGUGGGAAGCCUCGUGUCUUGGAAACAGCAAAAAUGAAGGAGUUCGUAUCGUCUCCAAUGUUUGGGACCGAAAGCAAAAUCAAGGAUUUACACGGUGGAUGUUUGUUUCAAAUUACGAGACAGCACUCGAGUAAAAUAAGUGUUGUUUACGAAGUUGCUAACUCUUGCGAAGGGAAGACUUUUAAAAUAAGCGUUGAAGGAUCAUUGGAAUACGUUUUUGUAUCGAGACCGUUACCUUUUCAAAUAACUGUCGAGCCAAACAGUAUAUAUUUUAUGUUUUCUGCAGUACGCCAAAUCCUUAAUCAUAGUCACAUGGAUAUUACAAUAACAGCUGCCCAGGUCUAGCAAUGUUCGAUCCUAUUUGGUCGGAAAUUUCAUGCUAUGCGCCUCGUAGCUAGAACAUUAAUAAUUUUCACGUACGGGUCGCGGUAAAGAGCUAGCUGAAACUAAAACGAUGGCUGAAAAGGCUGAGAGAGCUGAAGCAGCUGGAAUAGCCGAAACGGCUGAAAAUCAUAAAAAUCCAUUUUAUGGGAAGGGAAGGACGGAAGACCCAGCCCCCUACCCCAGGGACUUUUGACUCGUAACCAAUCUUSCCGGAUAAUCGACACGGACAGAAAGACGGACAGUGACCAAGGGAAAUAGAGGGACUGCUCCCAAUCUAGAUAUUGAUAAUGCUAUCGAUGCCCAGUUGCUUUGAAAGGUAUCCUCGCACCAUGAAAACUUUAUCUCACAACCCAAACUUUAUCACCCAACAAAACUUCCAUGAACUAGCACAAACUUCGAGGCUUAAUAUUCACUAGACUGUAACCUAUAUUACUGCAUUGUGACAGAUCUUAAUACUUGCAUACUUUUUGAUAAUUACAACACGCAGCCGUAAAGCACUGAAUUAAAAUGAAUUGUACUCGAUUUAUAUAUUUAUAUACAUAUUUAUAGAUGUAAACGUUUCGGUUUGAAUACAUAAAUGCUGGAUUUUUAUGAUUUUCAGCCGUGUCAGGUUUUUUUUCAAUUCUUCGAUUGCACGUUACGUCAUCGCGGCAAUGUUGGUGCCAAUUAACAAAAGAUUUCUCAUUAGCAUUCAUUGUUAAAGGCACCACAAUGGCCGCCAUGUCUUUGUCUUUUGAUUCUCCUGGGAAUGCUUGCAACCCAUCAAUUGCAUAAAUCACAUGUCUUAAUGAUCAUAAGGACUAAUGAAAAUAACGUAAUUAGCAAUUAGUCCUCGAGCUCGAGUGGGCUAAAGACUUUAUUAGUGGUGUGACAAUUGUUUCCUAAUUGAACGUGACAAACUUCUAUGGAAAUAAACAGUUAUUGUUUUGAAAUUCGUCGGGAUAUCACCGUUAUUCCUUUCGUAUCCUUUGGGAUCUCAAUAAUUUUUCAAAGAAUAAAAACAAAAGAAAAUGAAUCCUCUAGAUGUUUGUCACGCUGAAUUGACAAACAUUGUCACACCACGAAUAAGUAGUAUUCACUCAGGCCAUGAGGGAAAGACGACUAAUUGGUKUAGUCAAAUCCAACUAGUCGGUCAAAUAUAUUGAUGCAAACUAGUUUUGAAUUCAAAUUAAAUACAAUGUUUUCAUUUUGGUUCUCAAA